AUGCUCUUCGCCCUCCUCACACUCCUCACCUUCCUCACACCCUUCUACAUCAUCUACAAGCCACCACACCUACUCAUCCGCUACUUUGCCCACCGCUGGCCCGACGUCCUCUGGCACGUAUCACUCCCGCCACGACCAGCAGCCUCCUCACCCGCGCGAAAGCAAAAAAUCCUCGCUCUAACCAUAGACGACGCGCCCUCGGAGUUUACCCUGGAAAUAGCAAACGUACUGCGCGAACACGACGCCAGGGCCACGUUUUUCGUCAUCGGGGCACAAGUGGCUGGUCGCGAGCAGGUGCUGCCCGAGCUUGUGGGACGGGGCAUGGAAUUGGGGAAUCAUGCCAUGCGGGACGAGCCGUCGAGGGGGUUGGGGCCGGAGAAUCUGGCGGCACAGAUUAGCAGCGUAGACCGCUUGAUCAACAGCACGUAUGAGGCGGUUGGCGUGUCGAGGCCGCCGCGGUAUUUUCGCCCGGGGAGUGGGUUUUUCAGCACGUGGAUGAGGGAGGUGGUGGCGGGCAUGGGGUACAGGAUGGUGUUGGGCGGUGUGUAUCCGCAUGAUCCGCAGAUAGGGUAUGCGUGGCUGAAUGCGAGGCAUGUGUUGAGUAUGGUGAGGAGUGGGAGUAUUAUUAUUUGUCAUGAUCGCCGGAGCUGGACGGCGCCGAUGUUGAGGAAGGUUUUGCCCGAGUUGAAGAGGAGGGGGUAUGUUGUUACGACGGUGUCUGGCUUGUUAGAAGCUGCUUCACAGGAAUCAAGUGGUUGA